UGAAAAGUUGAAAAAAAUAGUCUUGAACACAUUUUUUAGGAAACAUUUUCUUUUAUAAUUUAAACUUUUCAUUGGGUACAAACUAGUAAUUUGUGAUUAAAGGCGGCUAAUGCAAAUUUUAGGUCAAAUAACGACCACGUAAAACCGUUUGAGAAUCUCUGUCCUCAUGUACCACGUCGCCUAACCAAUCCGGUUGCUAGAGCGACACGUCGUCGACCUUCGGACGACACAGGACAAAGAUUAGUGUCGUUCGCUACAUUAUCGCGUUGCAGCGAGUCACGUACAGACGGGAAUUGCGCCGACAAACGCAAAAAUUCGGUCAAAACGCUCACAAACCAUGCAACAUAAAAUCUCAGACGACAUCGGCAACAACUUCAACGAAAAACUCGUCGAACUAGUUGGCAGACACAAAAUCCUGUACGACUCGACGGCUGAUGGCUAUUCGAAUUUUCAGUUGCAGGACGAAAUGUGGCGGAAAAUUGCGAACGAGUUAAACGAGGAUGUUGCAGCGUGUAAACUGAAGUGGAAAAAUAUCAGGUCGUGUUACACGCGGUAUUUGCGACAGAUCGCUUCCCAGAACUGCAAGAUCACACGCACUUAUUAUUUGGCCAAACACUUGAGAUUCCUGCUGCCCUUUUGCAAGCCCAACACUAGACAAACGGUUGAGCUAUACUCACAAGAAGAUAUCACUAAUGCGGUAAUACAACAUGAAAAUCAGGAAUUCGACGCACUUGAAGCCAUCACUAAGUGUGAGCCAAACGAUGAAGACGAAGCUAGUGGAAAUAUGGAAUUGGACGCGAAUUCGGACGAAGACAACUUACUAGAGAAACGACUAAUCAACGAAGAAGUACACACAAACAAACGACAAACAUGGGAAACAAAUAGCGUCUACGAAAUAUGUAAAAAGAACAAAGUUUGUGAAAAUACUGAUGAAGCAGAACUAAAUUUCUUCAGAAGUUUAUUGCCUGACAUUCGUAAAAUGAAUGGAAAACAACGAAACCAGUUAAAAAUUGCGGUAUUAAAUGCCAUAGACACUAUUUUGUACAGUGAUGACGCCUAACUAGGAAAAUCGUUUGUUUUUCCGAAAAACUUUUUUUUUUGUAAUACCUACUUAUUUUAGCUUGCACCUGUUGUUUUCCUUUUCACGUGGCUGAUAAUAGAUUAUGUAAAUCGAAUUCUUAAAAUAAACCUUUUUCGAGUUUAGUAAA